AUAUAGACAAGCUGUUUUAGUGAAAGAUUUGCCAUCUCAUUUACUCACUAUGAGAAUUUAUCGUCAACUGCUAAUCAGGAGAACAUAGAAAGGUCAGGCCUUCACGGCAAAUCUCUCUGAAGUGUCUGAUGAUUCAUGGAUUUCUUGACGGGAAAUCAAGGUCACUGAAGCGGGCAACAGGUGCCGGUAAGGUAAGCAGGAGUGAUGGAAAGUAAGUUACCAGCAACAAAAUGGCGGACUCUCUGGCUAGCGAUUCUUGUGUACUAUGUUUACGGAGUGAAUGAGGCCCACUGUGAUAUCCUGCCUGUGCGACCCAUCCACCAUAACAACACUGCAUUACGUCAGGUACUGGAGGCGCUGACAGCCAAGUAUCCUAACAUCACACGGCUGUAUUCCAUUGGUAAAUCCUACCAGGGCAAGAGCUUAUGGGUAAUCGAGAUCACAAAGAAUCCUGGGAAACAUAUGCCCGGCAAACCUGAGUUCAAGUACGUGGCAAAUAUGCAUGGAAACGAGGUUGUGGGACGCGAGUUGCUUUUGAUGUUAGCUGACCAUUUGUGUUCAAACUACGGGCGCGACCAGAGGAUAACGAAACUAAUUGAUACAACUCGAAUUCAUCUGUUACCAUCAAUGAACCCUGAUGGAUGGGAGAGUUCUCAUGUGGGCUGCACGGGGAUUAAAGGUAGAUUCAACGCAAACGGGGUGGAUUUAAAUAGAAAUUUUCCAGACCCUUAUGAAGGACAAACUAAUGAACUACAGCCGGAGACACAAGCUAUUAUGAACUGGAUUCAUCGGGAACCAUUUGUUCUGUCAGCAAACUUACACGGUGGGACAUUAGUUGCCAACUAUCCAUUUGACAACCUCCCAAGUGAGCUCAAGAGGUCCGCUACUAGAGUAUACUACAGCUCCCCGGAUGACGACAUUUUUGUCAAUAUCGCCAAACUUUAUUCUUAUACACAUCCCACAAUGCACAACGGGAAUCCUCUAUGUCCGAUCCAGAGAACAGAGAAGUUUCCUGACGGGAUCACAAACGGUGCAGCUUGGUAUCCAAUUUCUGGAGGAAUGCAGGACUACAAUUAUUAUAAAACAAACUGCUUCGAGAUCACUCUGGAACUUGGUUGCUGUAAGUACCCCCCGGCUCGUUACCUCUACUCCUACUGGCGCGCAAACCGAGAGGCCUUGCUCAAGUACAUCGAAUUGGUGCAUAACACAGGAAUAAGGGGCUUUGUUUUUGACGAGAAGGGCCGUCCGAUUGAAGGCGCGAAAAUCAUCAUCGAGAACCGCGCCAAAAAGGUAAAGACCUAUAAGGAUGGGGACUAUUGGCGUUUAUUAGUGCCUGGAAGUUACAUCGUCCGAGUGGCUAAAAAAAAAUACAAAAAUUCAAGAAAGACAAUCACGAUUGAUCCAGAUGCCAUCGCAUAUGCUAACUUCACUCUUGUAAGGAAGAGAUCGAAGGAUUUUAACAGGCGUCGACCAGUUACGAAGAUGAAUCCUGUGGCUCAGCCGUUCAAGUCACCCAAUAACGUGUCUUUCCACAAGAUUGUCACUCACAGGGAUAAACUACGGCUAUCAGCAAAGUCUCCAGGAAAGUCUGCUUCUACUGUGUCGCGUCUUUCCAUCAUGGCUAGUCUUGUUUGCUUUGUUUUUGUCGCUCUAUUGAAAUAAGCUACGUUUUUCUUAUUGUAACAUUUCUGCAUUACAUUCCAUUUUGUAAAAUGGCCAUUGACUUGCAGUACAUUUCUUUUAUUUUCAGAAUUCAUUUCUAAAAUUUCGAAUUAAGUAUCGAAGCCAAAGCGGUAAUCUAUCGUUUUGCUGCUCUACGCCCCUUGACUAGGCAAAAAAUAUCUUACCAUUAUCUCGUACUUUCCGAUGCAGAUAGAAAGCCAAUUCCACACAGCGGUCAAAGGUCUGUGGGUGUGCGAUCGUUGUAAUGACUAGGUAAAGUGCUUUCGGGCUGUCAAAACCAAAUUGUCUCACACGAGUUACGAACAACCACAAAAGCCAAUAAGUUACUUGAAUAAGAUUGGUGUGCAAAAAGUCUCGAGUUUUCCUUUUCCACACUUUUGUUUCCUUUUACAGACUUACAGGACCGUUUCUAUUUUAUUUCGCUGACUUUGUGAGACAGCGGUUGUUUCUUAUCUUUCCUUUAAAGGUUUCCGCGGGAAUCGGCGCACGGCCAGUCAGAAUUGAUCCUCUAGCGCAUGGCGGACCUUUGACCGCUGUGUUAACCAGCGCAGUUGCGUUUUCCCGCGUUUGAGGUCAAAUAUGAGUGUUUACUUUGAGUUCUCAUUUACUCUUGAAAUAUUGACUUUUGUUCUGGUCGGCCAUUGUGAUUAUUUUGGUUUUGGCUAUGAUAUUCAAUUGAGAAAUGCUCUUACAUUUUCAAACUUUUUAUUUUACUUUGUAUAAAGGUCAUUGACUCCCUAGUACUUUACAGAAUAUAUCACGUCUUCUGUUUGUUUUAAUUUGUAAAACUAAGUCGUAUUUUACACGCGAGUUUAACAAUUGUUAAACUGAAGGUAUGUGCAAAUUUCAAGGCAGGUGACAAGAGGUCACACAGAUUUAGUUGCUUUAUUUCUUCUGAUUUAAUCACUACGAGGAUUGAAUGAUAAUCACGACGAGGAUUGGAACGAUUAAAGAAUAUUCCCAAAGAAAAAUUUGAAAGAUUUCCUUACCGCAAGCAAGACAUAGCUUCUUCUGAACAGGCUUUAAUUUCUAUAUUUCUUUUUACUUGCAUACGUUUUGUUCACGGAUUUUAGGUUUGUUGUUUAUUUUAUGCUUACAUUGGACUGUAUAAUGUAACGAAACAUUUAUAAUAAAUCAGUAAUUUCGAUAGUUUUAACCAUGAAGAGGCAAUAUUUAUCAACCCAGCUGGAUAAAUAAAAAGAAAGUUUUAGUUA